UAGAACUAUAAAGCCUCCUAGCAACGCAUUCCGGAGAGCAGCACUCACGUAUUACAGUAUAGGAACGUGGUGACGAACAUUUACUCACAGCUGCAGAGGAAGGCAUGCAUUGUUGAACUCGCUUCUGACAUAAACUAGGGGUUUGACAUUUUGCAUGCUGGUGCUCAGUUUUGUCAACUACGCGUGCCCCAAAACGCUGAACAAUACGUUUGUGUGCGUGAAUAUUGGGUCUUUCUUAUUUGACGACCGUGUCCAGAAAAGCCGUUCCGAUGUUGUCUCGAGAUUCACCUGAGAUUCAGUCAAGUCUCAGACUUUGGUCGCGUCUAGACCCCUGGGGAAGAUCCAUGGAGGAGGAGGAGAACCCUUUGGAGAGGGAGCAUACUCUAGCAGUGGUUCUACCAGGAGGCCUGGAGAAAAUGGCCACGGUACAUGGGAGUAAACCUGUGAUGGACUUACUGGUCACACUCUGUGCCCAGUACCACCUGAAUCCAUCUGACUUCACCAUGGAAAUCCAGUCGGCCAAUAGAAACGACAUCUCCUUCAAACCCAGCACUCUGAUUGGAGCCAUGGAGCCUCACAGGAUCCUACUGAAACCUAAAGGGGGAGAGGAGAAGAUAAAGAGGCCAUACGUGCCAGAGGUCACCGUACGUCUGCUGAUCAACUACAAGAAGAACCAUAAGGCUGUUGUGAGGGUCAACCCUAGAGUCCCUCUGGAGCAGCUCCUGGCUGCCGUGUGUGAGAAGUGUGAGUUCGACCUGGAGUCCACCAUUUUGCUGAGCGCCAACGACUCUGAAGGACCUUUAAACCUCAGCAGGUCCCUCGAUGACUAUGGACUAAGGGAACUAUACGCCAAGGACAUGGCAGCUGUCAGUCCUGAAGUGGUUAUCACACUACCUCCCCCCGAGGAAGCACCUGUAGAAACACCCCCCCUACCAAGUAAAGAGCAGAAACAGAAGGAGAAAGAGAACAGGGGAUUGUUCGGCUUAUUCAGGAGAAUUAAGAAGAAACCAGAAAAGGGUCUCUCAGUGAGUGCCCCGGCCUCGCGUGGUCUGAAAAACCAGCAGGUGGCCAGCAUCAGCAUGAACUCCCUGGGUAUCCACUCCUCCAACACCCUGCCCAUGGACAACACCAUGGUCAAGAAAAGACGGGCACCCAUGCCCCCCAUGGCAGGCUCCCAAAGUGUCCCUGCUAACCUCAACGUCCAGCCGUUGACCUCUAGGAAGAAGAGGAGAGCCCCCCCGCCACCCCCCUGUGCCCCCCCACCACCAUCCUCCUGUGUUAACACCCACAAAGGAGCACCCCAGGACACUGAGAUCAAAGACGGCGAGUGAGAGCUGUGUCCUCCUUUCCUCUUCCUCUGCUGCUCCUCCUGCUCCUCCUUCUGCUCCACUCUCCUCUUGUCCCCGUGGUGAACGAUUCUUCCUCCUCUCCACCGUGUAGUUUUUGAACUGUCAUGCUUGUCACUCGGUAGUCUUAUAAGCUCUUAUUUUAUUUCAGUUUUAUUUGUUGAUUUUGUUAUUGUGUUUGUGCUUUUACCGCCUUGUAACCUUUUUGAGUUUCUCUGCGCUUUAGAUGGUAGGUUCCUCAGCACAGUAACACAGCUUUGUUUUUCCUGCUACACCAUAACUGUGCCUUCUAAAGAGACGCUACAUACAAUACACACCUCCGUGUAAAUGACGUACAUUACUUCACUAGUUCACUUUUGAAUGAAACCAUGAAGGGGAUUAGGUUUUAUUGUCUCCAAUGUGUCUUUUCUGUCUUCUUUGUUGUUUUUCUGUUCCUCAAUUGACAUGUUUUCUACCAUUCACCUCUUUCUUUUCAAUCAGUUCAUAGUUUAAACUACAUCUGUUGAGGAGAUCAUGUUUUCUAAGUCAGACAUAGGUUGCUAUUCCUUGUGCAAAUGUAUUCAUUUUGAUUUUAAUAAAGUGCUUUGAUUAAC